CACAGCUCUUCUAGUAUUGCUUGAUUUCCCGGCCCGCUUACUCCAUUCCAAAGGACUCAAUUUCCGCGAUUUUAGUUUUUCAAAGCUCCCCCCUGCCGAACCAUUCCCUGCGAUUUCCGCCUCUCUUACUCAAUACCGCGCGAUGGCUCAUGUUUCCAAGAUCAGCGGAGGGUUGUGCCUCGCAUUCUUCCUCCUAGCCCUCGCCCUCACUCCCGCCAGCGCCGUAUUCACCAGCUUCAGCGUGGGACUCAACGACGGAGGCGGCGCGUGCAACUACAAGGGCGAUUUCCGCGACAGCCCCUUUUUCAACGGCGGUCUCACCGCGUACAUUCCUCAGAGCCAAUACAACGGCGGCAAGGGCUGCGGCACGUGCUACGAGGUUUCCUGCAAGAACCACAAGAGCUGCAGGGGCGGCAGCGUGACGGUGCGCGCCGUCGGGAAGCAAGGCAACGGCGAUUUCCUCCUCUCCUCGACCGCGUGGGACAAAAUCGUCCGCGACCGGGCCGCGGGCCGCGUAGAGAUUAAGUACCGCGGCGUGGAGUGCCCUAGCAACGGCACCUUCGCGGUACGGGUGAUGCCGGGGAGCAACCCUUACUGGUUCGCGAUUCAGAUUCUGGGCGUGGUGGACGCGGUGGAGAAGGUGGAGAUCUCCAAGGACGCCAGCAGCUGGACGAGCCUGCGCGCCAUGGGAGAGAGCGCCACGUGGGUGCUGGGGUCCGGCGCUGAGAAGAUCGUGGGUGUGGGGAGGACGGUGAGCGUGCGCGUCACAGAGGUGGCCCAGGCCGGGCAGCAGCUGGUGCUGCAACUUGUGAAUGUGAUCCCGGCCAAGUGGAGCGCCGGGACGACCUACGAGUACACCGUUGUCAUCUAGUAACGAUAUGGCUUAUAACAGGGAAGUUUGGGAAGUUGAGCGCGCGGCAGUGGGGAGCGGAGCAGGUGGGAAGACCUGCGAGAGUACCCGCAACUUCACGCUACACACAGGCGUUGAGUGGAGUCGUUUGGGGCAUAAGUGCAUAGUCUAGCAAGGCAGAAUAAAAGCCGGAGGGCCAACCUUUGAGAUGGAGUUAGUGGCCAACCAACUGGUAGAGGCAUUGAACUUGCACUGAAUAAAUGCAUGCCUUGCUUAUGCUGAGUCUAUGCCCUUUGUGUGCAAUUUCUACUUUUGACAG